GCGCCCCGGCCAAUCCACAAAAAUUUGCCGAGAAUAUACUGUGCCGCUAGGUGUGUGGCUAGGUUUACAAGAUACUAUGGUGUGCUAAGCACGAUUUCUACUACCAGAGGCUUAGAGUAGAGCAAAGACUGAAAGCAAACAACCCGCUAUUAUAAAAUAGGGUAAGAGUUUCUAAGACCGCGGAGAUUGCGGUUGAAAAAUCGGCUCCAGGGCUUAGAAGCCCGUAGCAAUUCAUUGAGAGAUCCCGGACUGCUUCCGCUCUGUAUCCAGGCAACAAUCUCCGCCCACCUGGUGUUUUGUCGGGGCCAGGAACCACCACGCCGCCACGGGUGGUUCCAUUUGUCAGCUCCGCAAGUCCCCCUCUCCGGCCUGUUUCAGGGCUUCCUGAAGUUCUCUGACAGUUCACUUCUGCACUACGUCGACACUACCGUUGCCCUAAAGGACAAGGGCAAAGGAUAACUCACAACUGCGGGCCACAGCUGGCUCCGCCCACUCUUUUUCCGGUUUAAAACCCGCGGGCUUUCCCUGUUCUGAAUUCCUAGAUUUCCUGUUCUGAUUCUCGCGACAGUUGCUAGACCUCGCGUGAAGCUCGCUUCCCGUGCCUCCUUUGAGUUUGAGAUCGGGUGGCAGCCUGUCCUCGCCCAUCUCGUCAGAAUCCCACUGGCCAAGGAUAGCAUCUGCGUGGCUCGGGAGCCCCUAUGUGAAAGGUCUUGGCCGAGCUCUGGUGCGCUCCUCGAAGGCAGAGUCCCCGGCCGCCUCCCGAGCUUGGCUCUCUGGGGCUCCAGUGCGCAUGCGGAGGCCAUCCUGGUGGGCCCUGCUGGGGCGGCCGCCCGGGCCCGGCCUGACUAAAUGCCGCCUCCUCCCUGGCUGCAUUUGGCUGUUUCCGCCCCCUACCAGCUUGACUGCGGCGCGGCUUCUCCCUGAGUGCCACGGUGGCGCUGGUGGCGGCCGAGAGACAGAAUGCCUACAGCCCUGCCAGCUUCGCAACCAUAACCUGUAAUCCCGACCUGAGCCCCGCCCGCCUCUCCUGCGGCCGCUCGUCGCCUUCCUCUAAUCACUCGGCUCAUCAUCGGGUUGAAGCACCUGCCGGAUGUGGGCAGGGAGGAGGAGGGCAGAUGUUAGCGCCGUCUCCGGUCCGCGCCCCGGUGGCGAAGCUGGGUGGGCAAACCUGCAAUUGCUCCCAGGAAGCCGACCCUGGGCUGCGUGGAGGCGACGUUGGUUGGCCCUGCCCUCCAGGAGUGCCCAGACAUCGACGUAAAAUGACUUGGCACCAGAGCCCUUACCACUUCCCCGUUAUGCAUCUGCUCGAGACUACCCCAGGGACUGUAAAGUCAGAUGGGACAGGGCCUAGCCGUUCAGCCAGCACUUCUCAGCCACUUCCCUACCCCCACUCCCCGUCUCCAGUCCUCACACCCCCCUUCUCUCCCAGCUUCGGUGUCUGGUUACGGCUCCUCUGCUCUCAUUGUGACUUUGGGCCAGGCUAGGGGGGAAUGGUCCGGGAAGGUCCCGUGAGGCUGCACGAAAUUGGCAGCUUCUCAGCCUCAGGACUAGGGGGAAGGCGGGUGUGCGACGUCGAGGGGCGGGGAGAGGGGGCGGAGGAGCUGCUCUCUGAAUCCAAAUCUGUAGGCCCUCAGAAAUCCUCAGGCGGGAGCAGAGGUGGCUGGCGGGCCCAGCCUACUGCACCUCUGCUUUCUUUCCAUCACCUUUUUCGGACUGGAAUCACGACUGCUCCCAAGGGCCCAGUCCUGGACACUAGGGUGCCACGAACGUGCUGAUGCCCCGAGUGCUCACAGGGCUUCCAGCUAACCAUGCCGCAGUCUCUGGUAACUGCCUUGGCGCUGCCUCUGCUACUGCUAUUGCUGGCGGUGCGGACGCCGCCCCCGACCGGCGCAAGGCCAUCCCCAGGCCCGGAUUACCUGCGGCGUGGCUGGCUGCGGCUGCUUGCGGAGGGCGAGGGCUGCGCUCCCUGCCAGCCAGAAGAGUGCGCCGCGCCGCACGGCUGCCUGGCGGGCUGGGUGCGCGAUGCGUGCGGCUGCUGCUGGGAAUGCGCCAAUCUCGAGGGCCAGCUCUGCGACCUGGACCCCAGUGCUCACUUCUACGGGCGCUGCGGCGAGCAGCUUGAAUGCCGGUUGGACGCAGGCGGCGACCUGAGCCGCGGAGAGGUGCCGGAGCCGCUGUGUGCCUGCCGCUCGCAGCACCCGCUCUGCGGGUCCGACGGCCGCACCUACGCCCAGAUUUGCCGCCUGCAGGAGGCCGCCCGCGCUCGGCCAGAUGCCAACCUCACUGUAGCGCACCCGGGGCCCUGCGAAUCGGAGCCCCAGAUUGUGUCACAGCCAUACGACAUUUGGAAUGUGACAGGGCAGGACGUGAUCUUUGGCUGUGAGGUGUUUGCCUACCCCAUGGCCUCCAUCGAGUGGAGGAAGGAUGGCUUGGACAUCCAGCUGCCAGGAGAUGACCCCCACAUCUCUGUGCAGUUUAGGGGUGGACCCCAGAGGUUUGAGGUGACUGGUUGGCUGCAGAUCCAGGCUGUGCGUCCCAGUGAUGAGGGCACCUACCGCUGCCUUGCCCGCAAUGCCCUGGGUCAGGUUGAGGCUCCUGCUAGCCUGACAGUGCUCACGCCAGAUCAGCUGAACUCUACAGGCAUCCCCCAGCUGCGGUCACUAAACCUGGUUCCCGAGGAGGAGGCUGAAAGUGAAGAGACUGAGGAUUACUACUAGGUCCAGAGCUUGGGCUCAUUGGGGUGGGUGAGCAGGCAUGGUGCUCAAUCCCUGCUUUUGAAAAGACCUAGAAAGGGGGAGCAGGGUCCUUUCAUGGAUUGCUUUAAUGAUCUUAGUAGGGAUGAUCAUGGUGGUAGGGGAUCUACUUGCCUCCAGGGUGGAAGGGGGUGGUAGGGGAGAGAGAGAAGCUGAAGGAGGGUAGGGAGAGAGGCAGAGAAUAGGAGAGCUGCUGUGCAAAGGUGCCCCUGCAGGAGAUGCCCUGGCUGGGAGAUUUCCGACACCCAAGGCUGGGGUGCGGGGUGAGGCAGACACAAAGAGCACAGUCACCGGGGUCCUCCACCUCUUUGCGGCAGCCCCCUCCCAUCCCUGCUCAACCAGUCUCUUCUAACUGCCCUUCCCCAAAGGCCCUGUUCCUGCUAUUUUUCUGGUCCCUAACCAUUAGCUAACCUGUCUUCUGCAAGUUUUCCCUCUCUUUUAAGUCCUAGUUGCACUUACUAACUGCAGUCGUCUUACUGUUUGCCGUCUUUUGUACAAGAAAGUGGAGUGGAGCACUGUUUAGUUCCCUGCAGUAAGACGGGCAGGGCCAGCUCCAUAUCUUAUACCACUCUAUUAGACAAAGCCUAGCACAGGACUAGGCACAGUAAGCACCAAUAAAGAUUUAUAAACGAACGGAGCCACACAGAUGCACAGAUAUUUUAUGCAGAUGUGCACAUGAAGGUCAGAUAUCCCUGGGAGGCCUCCCACACUAAUAGGACUCUGGCUUGCAGAAGCGCAGGUCCUGCUCUCUAAGCACGUGCUUGCCAAAUGUACAGAGGGAAGUCAUGAGCCCUCUAGGGGGAGAAAGUGGAGCCAUUUGGCUGGAAGGAGGGUGUCCUCUCAGUCUGCCCUCCUUUGGGGCUGGUAUACAGAUAGUUACCUGCCCCUCUGUUCAUCUUACUCUGGUCUCCUCCCUAGGCACGGUGGGGAAUCAGGUAUGUGUGGGUAGGACCCCAAAAUGAAAGCAUAAAUGGGAUAGGGGAGGGGAGAAGUUUGGCCACCAGUGUGGCCUUCCCCAACUCCCAUAGGAAUCUCUUUCCGGACUGAACCCAAGGCCAUGGUAAGCCUGUUUCCUGACUGUCCCAAUUGUGACCUGUCCUAUCUGGCUUGGGGUCCCUCGCAGAACCGCAUUCUUUGGCUCCCCAAAUCUCUCCCCUCAUUCUUUUUACGUCGCUCCGGGACACUGGUGAGACCCAGUGUUUGCCGAAUGAUUGAAGGAAAGAAUGAAAACCUAAGUCAGUGAAGCCAAGACGCCGUGUGCGGAUGGCGACGGCCUCCUACGCUCCUGGGCUCCGCCCGGAGCCUGGCGCCACCGCGGCAGGGACAGCUCUUGGCUCGGCGUCUGACUUUGUCCUCUGGGGCCCAAUUGAGGGGCCUGUCCUCUUGGGAGGGGCGUGGUCCAAACCCCAACCCCAGGGCUUGGCCGCCCCUCCCACCGCUACUCACUACCGUCUACAGUCGCCUUGCGCUGGGCCCCUAAGCCAGACCACGGUUUUUAUUGGCAAACCCUGGCUGGAGCCGGCGGCCCCAGCAGCGCGAGCGGGUUGGAUACUUAGAGCACAUUCCAAGGCGACCGCCAA